CACACACACACACACACACACACACGCAGGCGGGUUUCCUGCAAAACCACACAUGCACACACAUGAAAGAAACCUAUUGGAUGCUCCCAAACAACAGCUGUGGAUCAUUUUAUCAAACAUUUAUUUGGGUCGCAUGUUUCUUUUUCUUUCAUGUGGAGUUUUUCCCCCCCAGUUUUUGGGACGGUGCACGUUUGCAAGGGAGACAUGAAUGACUUUGUUGUUAAAUAAGUCACUCAGCUGGACUGAAGGAUCGCAAGUGCCAACCUCGAAGAUGUCUCCCGGCGGCGUGUGCAUCCUGGCCGCCGCGCUCUCGGCCCUCCUGGCUCAGGGGGGCCAGGCCUGUCCCAGGAGUUGCAACUGCUACCAGGCCAACGAAGUCCACUGCACUUUCCGCUCCCUGCUCACCGUCCCGCCCGGGCUGCCUGCGCACACACGCCGCAUCAACUUGGGGUUCAACAGCAUCGGCAGGAUCAAUGACACCUCACUGGCCGGGUUACAGAGGUUAGAGCUUUUGAUGCUGCACAGCAAUGACAUCCACCAGCUGCCGGAUGCACUGUUUAGAGACCUGACAGCGCUGCAGAUUCUUAAACUAAGCUACAACAAGCUGACAGAGAUCCCUUCAUCCCGGACUUUCUCUGGCCUAACCUCGCUACUGCGUUUGUACUUGGAUCACAACCGUCUCCAGUACAUCCACCCCCGGGCUUUGCUGCAGCUGCCAAGCCUCCGUCUGCUCCGUCUGCAAGGAAACAGGCUGCAGCAGCUUCAUCCCCACGCUCUCUGCACAAUUUCCCUACUCAACACUUACUACUUUUCUACACUCAGGCACUUGGACGUGUCCAACAACAGUCUAAGCACCCUGCCAGGGGCCACCUUUAAGACGGCCCCCAUGCUGGAAACACUAUCACUGCAUGCCAACCCCUGGAGCUGCGACUGCAGGAUGAGUUGGUUCCCCGCCUGGCAUUUUGUUCACCGAGAGUUAUUGAAAUGUUCCGGAGGUCCUGAGUGUCCGUUAUGUGAAUCACCGACCGCCCUUCGAGGUCAGAGCUUGCUUAAACAGAAAGAUAUGACCUGUGCCUCACCUGUAAUUACCCAGCGUGGAGAAAAAACGCCCUCUGAGAUUGAGUACAGUGAAAUCGGACCGAGUGAAUCCUUCAAAGAGCCUCUAGGCACCGCGACCCUUGGCCUGUCGGACCAACAGGGGAACAGUGCCGACCUGCGCUGCGACAUCACUCGCUCGGCAGACUCUCAAAAUGAAUUCCCUGCCCUGGAUCUCUCUCUUCCCUCCUCUUCUCCUGUCGCCAUGGCUUUGUCACUAACUCUGGAAUGCCCCGUGGAAAGAACGAGCUACGAGAGUCUUUGGAGGAUCCUGGCUUACUACAGUGAGACUGCAGUGCACCUUGAGAGAGAAAUGCUGAAUGGACCACCGGGUCUGGCAUACCACUACCGGCAAGCAGCAGGGACAGAGGGAUAUUAUAAUACUGGAGUCAAAGCCACGGUCCAAACAGGACCAGACUGGUUAAUGCAGCCAGCAAUUGGCAUUCAGCUUAACAGAGCGCAGUCUAGCCGAGACACAGUGAGCCUUAUAUACUCCACAAGAGUCUCUACUCAUCCUGACCCCACAACAGAUUCAGCAUCAUCUACCACUAUUUCACACCCAUGGGUACUCAUUUCAACCUCCCAUACCCCCACAGCACUAGCAGCUAUCGAAGGCUCUAGGCUGGAGCUUUCCUGUCCCGUUUUAAGUUCUAGUAAGCCGCAAAUACAAUGGAUUCUUCCAGAUGGAUCAAAACUUAUCUCCCCUUCCAUUAGUGAAGAUGGUGGAAUUCAGGCCUCUGGUACUGGGCUAUUGUUGCACAAAGUGGAGCUCUCAAAUGCAGGGAUUUACUACUGCUUAGCCCAGGCUGGAACUGAUUCUGAUGUUCUCCCUGUGCGCCUGAUAGUGGAGGAGUCCUCCGCCUCAACAAUAGGCAAGCAAGUCGGACCCCCUGUCACAGGAUCAGCCGGACAGCCUGUCAGCUUAUCUUGCAAGGCAUCUGGUUCACCAGAACCACAAACAGGUUGGGUGUUACCAGAUGGGAAUGUAGUUUGGAAGGGUUUAGCAGUAUCAGGGGGACUUAUGAUCCAAUCAAAUGGGAGUCUUUUUCUUUCCAACCCCUCUCUGAGAGAUGCUGGUCAAUAUCGUUGUGUUGCUGCCAACCAGUAUGGUAGCGCGUCCUUGUCCAUUAACCUAGAAAUAAACUCACUGAACCCGGUGUCUUUUGGACAUGUUCCAGUCGGGCCACAGUCAGCCUCCGGGCGAUCAACAAAGAUACGAGCGCCGUUGUUACGUCAAAUAGAGGAAGGAUCCGGGGAUGGAGCAGAGGAAGAAGUGGGAACUAUUGUAGUUAAUAAAAAACAUGCAAGACCUCUUCAACCUAGUCCGAACAGACACUUUCAAGGUGGCAAGUCCAUUAGACGAGGGCCUCUGAGAAAGGGUCCCUUGAGAAGAAGAGGGAGGCCUCUAUCAUCUGAGCAGAUGAGAAACCAAAGUGACAGCAGGUCUAGAGUCACCCUAAACAAACAAAACAUAGACCCUCAAAAAUGGGCUGACCUACUGGCAAAGAUACGCCAGAAGACUGCACUUACGAACAACAGUGAGGACAUCACAGCAGGAAAGCCCACAGCAGAACCAUUGAGAGGAGACAAAGACUUGGAAAGAAAUGAGGAUGGUGAUGACAUAAAGGGGGAAGGGAUAAAUAUAUCAGACAUGGAAGGGUCGUCAGUCGAUGACGCUAAUCUGGGAGAGGAAAGUUUACAGCCUAUUUACCCCCCUCAGACCGUAAACGAGGUAACACAAGUGGAAACUGGGACCAAAACUGCCACUGAGAGGCAUAUAGACAGUGAGCCCUCGGACACACAGACACACAAGAACGAGGCCACAACACAGCUCAAAACAACAACACGGACAAAUCCAGUCACCUUUGGAACUAAUGACCCAGAUCCAGCUGGAGGGGAACAACAGGAAGCAAUCCCCACGUCGUCGAGAGUCAAACCGUUAAAACCACAUAGGGGAUUCAUGCCUAAUUUAACCCCCAGAACCCGGCCUCAAAACCCUUGGAACUCUCGCAGGAGGAUCGGACAGCGGAGGCGAGUCCUCAACCGGCCAAGGGGGCGACCGACUCUACCACCUCAACCUCUGCCUGACUCUCCAAAAACUCUGAUACCUUACACAACGAACCAGAUCACAAUAUCUCCUAUUCUGGUUAAAGAGAUGAAUGAUACUAAAACUACUUUGUCUACUCCAACAAUCAGUAUGGUAAAUCCUUCAACUACGUACAUUUACACCACUCCAGGUAUAACCGCCGACUUGCCUUCACCGACUUCAUUGCCCCACAUGGACACGGAGACAUAUGUAGACGCCAUGACUCGUUCAGGCAACAUACCAGACAGCACAGAGCCUUGGGUCUUUGAACCUCAACCACCGGGGACUGCUGAUUCUCGUGAUGCGCACACAAAAACACAAACGCCCUCCGGCAUACAUGAUGUCGGGCCCUCGGGCAAAAAGGGUGAAGGACCGGAAACAAACCUUGACGUUGGACGAGAUGUAUCUCAUUUCUCCACUAUUCUCCAAGCCCCUGUAACCUCCGCGGUUUUAUUGCCGACUCCUUCAACCAGUCCCACAAAUAACUACGUUACAAGUAGUACUAGUUUUGCAGAUUUAGAUGAAACAUUUUCAACACUGACUACAUUUACUGGACGUUUGAGUCCAUCGACGACGCCUACCGAAACUACUCCGAAGGGUAACACAUUUUCAACUUCUGCUCCCACUACUGUUAUUCAGUCUUCCACCACCCUUCCCCCGACUACUACUUUGAGUGGUACAAAAACAGCAGAUCUCCUCAGAGUUAGUCCUCAGAUGACUUUAGGUCCGGCUUCUUCUACCUCGAAAACAAGCAGUCCGAUUCCUGGUGGCUCCUCAGUCAAAAUGUCAUCAACUACACCCGGCGCAUCCUCUACAAGAACAACAUCAAGUCCUGCUGUGUCAUCCAGAGAGAGGCCAACCAUGGGCCAGGUCAAAGCCAAAGGGAGGCCUGUGUCUGUGGCUUCCAACCAGAGUCCACCCCCAACUGACUGGAGGAACCCUGGAGCUAAUUUAAUUCCGGAUUCACACAGCAACAGGCCACAGUGGUCUCCGUCUCCACUUCCUGCCGCCCCACGGGUACCGGUUUUAAGAUUCAGGCCAAAGAUUGCUGACCCACACAUCAGAACCGUGUCAUUCCCAGCCGAGGGCGUUGCAAGACUGGCUUGUGAGGCUCAAGGAGAACCCAAACCCACCAUCACAUGGACCAAGAUCGCCACAGGAGCUGUCAUGUCAGUCCAUUCCAGGUCUCAGCGGUUUGAGGUGCUGCCAAACGGCAGUCUUGUCAUCCAAAGUGUUCAGCUCCAAGACAGGGGCACGUAUAUUUGCAGCGUGCACAACUUCCUGGGCCGCGACAGGCUGCUGACCACCCUGGAAGUGUGGACACGUCCCCCUCGAAUGCAGCUGGCGGGCUACAGAGAAUUCAGCGUCCAGCAAGGUGGAGAAGCCCACCUGGACUGCCAUGCGAGCGGCGUCCCAGCCCCUCUGCUCUCCUGGGUUCUUCCGGAUCGCUCAGUCCUGACCUCCACUACCAACUCCGGCAAUCGUAUCAGUCUGGACUCAAACGGAACCCUCCGUAUUUCCUCAACCUUACCAAGUGAUCGCGGGAUAUAUCGCUGUGUGGCCUCCAACUCAGCCGGAGCUGCCAGCGCUUCUGUUCGACUCCACGUAUCGUCGUUGCCCCCGGUGAUGGAGCAACCCGCAGAGGAACGCCUGGUCUUGGCUCUGGGGAGACCGCUUUAUGCCGACUGCUUUGCUAGACGGGACCCGCCGCCGACUUUGAGAUGGCGUCUCCCAGAUGGGACUGUAGUUCAGCCAUCCCAGUUUCUUCACGGCAACCUUUUCGUCCUGCCAAACGGGACCCUGCAUAUCCGAAAAGUGGGUCCGAAGGAUGUUGGGAUUUACGAAUGCACAUCCACUAAUGCAGUUGGAACUGACAGGAGGACGGUCAAGGUGGACAUUAAAGAGGAAACAGAUGCUGAGAAAAGGGAAGGGACAACUUUUACAUCUGGUUUUCUGAAAAACAGAUCCAGCUACCAAUCAAUAGCACUUGAUUCUACCCCACUAUUGCCUUCUCAUGGAUCCAGGAAUGGGCCAGGAACAGGCUCAAAAUACUCACAUCCUCCUCGCCGGCCCGCUUCUGUGGACUCGGCUUCAAAAAUCAAUAGAACAGUCGUUCCCUCCCACUCACAGCUGACUAAUUUGACAAAAACCCCCGUGGUUACAACAGUGUCCUUUGGCUUUGUAAACACAUCUGAAAAAGGCAGAGCUUCAGUUGUUUUGCCGUCCAUGCCCGUAACUCCAUUCAGCAAAGCCCGAAUUGUCUUCAGCUCACCGUCCAUCACUACGGUGUCCUAUGGGGAAAAUCUGCAGCUUCACUGCUCUGUAACUGGCCACCCAUCCCCCAUUAUUAUUUGGAGGACCCCCAACAAGAAACUGGUGGACAUGCACUUCAGUUUUGAUCGACGCCUGAAAGUUCACCCAAAUGGCACGCUGUCCGUCCAGUCAGUGACGGAGCGGGACAUUGGAGACUAUCUCUGCAUCGCACGGAACAAGGUGGCAGAUGAUUAUCGUCUCCUGCGUGUUUCCGUUGACAUCAAGCCUGCAAAGAUUGAGCCCAAGCAGCCUUUCAAUCAAAUGGUCUCCUUUGGAAAGGCAUUGAAGGUGGACUGUGUGGCCUCAGGACGACCUGACCCGGCCGUGAGUUGGAGUCUACCAGACGGAACAAUGGUCAACAGUGUGUUGCAGGGGGCGGAUAGAGCGGGUCGGGCACGGAGGCUAAUCGUCUUCGAUAAUGGAACAUUGCUGGUUCCGGCAGUGGGCAUGGGAGAGGAAGGGGAAUACACCUGUUAUGCUGAGAACCAAGGAGGUCAAGAUACCAUGAAGGUAAACGUCAAGGUUAUGACGAGAUCGCCGCCGGCCUCCAGUGACCACAGAAGUUAUCAAGUCAUCAAAGUACGUCAGGGGGCAACGGCCGUCAUUCGCUGCGAGGCCAUGGGUGAUCCUCCACCGACAGUGACUUGGUUCUCACCGGCACAUCGAGCCAUUCCAAUCAGCUCUGGUUUCUACACCGACCGGGUUGUGGCGGCUGCUGGGGGAACUCUGGAGGUGCGUCGGGCCCAGAAGACUGACGCAGGAAACUAUACAUGCCAAGCAAGCAACUUUGCCGGGGAAAGAAGCAUGGUGGUGGGUCUUGAGGUGGAAGGAAACAACGGCUUUAGUGAAAACAAUGGCCAUACAAGAACAAGCAGUGGAAAUACCAAAGUAACCAAUGGUCUUAAUCCAGCCCCCAGGAGCGAUUCUGAAAACGGUUUCAAAAAGUCUACGAGUGGAAUCACAACACAGCUCAGUCGUGUCGUUGGCUUCGAUGUGAACGACAGUGGAAAUGUCAGACUGAAAGCAAAUAACCAAGGAAUCAUGGAUAAAAAUGCCCCAGGAACUUUAAUUAGAGAGAUAACUACGAGAAGCCGUCAGAGCUCAGCUGGAGUUGGAGGUUUUGAAAGGAAUCUUGGGGCUAGUACCAAUGACUUUGCGGCUGGGAAGGCAAACAAUGACCAAAGCCCCAGUAGAGACAACAGUAAGAUUAGCAGCAUUUCGAGAAAUAGAGUGUUUGCAAGUAGUACCGCUAAUCAUGGUGGGAGUAGCACUCUCAGCACAACUUGGACCAUUGGCAACUCAGGAAUGAACAAUAAAAAUAGGAACAGUGGUUUAAGCAGUGCAGCUGCAGCUGGCAAACGCCCACAUAGCGCCACUGAUAAGCGUGUGGGUGUGGUAACUACCGGGAAAAAGCUGGUAUUGAAAGGCCAAACUGUUCUUUUGCCGUGUCCAUCUCAUGGUUCCCUAUCUUUGACCUGGUAUCUGCCUGGUAACGGUGUCCUACCAGCCCCGUACUACGGAAGCCGGCUCACGGUUCACAGAAACGGUUCCUUGGAGGUGCGAGGUGCUCGGGUGAGCGACAGUGGGACAUUGGUGUGCGUAGUUAGAGGGGACAAAGGAGAAGUGAGAAUUCAGGUCGAGCUGCAGGUCUCUGAGCCACAAGAACUAUCCAGAUCGGUUUUGUCUGCCGUACCUCGCCCGGGUGACCGAGUACAAAUCCCUCAAUCGAGACAGAUAAUACCUGAGGUGCCUUCUCGAAUUACCGUUCCUAUGAAGACAUUUCAACAAGCACCAUCUUCACUUGUAGCCCCUGAUCCUAUUGGCCCCCCCGCACCCCUGGCGGUUUCAGCACCAGCUGUGAGCACCAAAACUGCUUCUCUGAUUAGCAUUACAAAUGGAGAGACGCUUCGUCUAUCUUGUUCCGCUUCUCAAGACCCAAAACAAACCCAAGGCUCCCUUUCUUGGACUUUUCCCAAUGGCAAGGUGGUGUCCAGGGGGGAAAGCGGCGACUCAGGCCGGUAUUUAGUCCAAGAGGAUGGGACACUGGUUGUGCACCAGACAUCCGUGUUCGACCGAGGCACUUACACCUGCAGAUCCUCCAGCCAGGAUUCCUCUUCGGUUUCAGUUGUCACUGUCCCCGUCAUAGUCAUUGCUUACCCGCCACGUAUCACAACGGGCCCCUCGCCUGUGUCCUACACCCGUCCUGGUGUCGCCGUGGAGCUGCCCUGCCUUACCAUAGCAACUCCCCGGGCAGUGGUUACCUGGGAAACACCAGACAUGACACAGCUCAGGGUGAUGGGCCAAGCUCGUAUCUAUGGUAACCGGUACCUGAGUCCCCGAGGUUCUUUGGUGAUACAGAACCCGUCAAGUAGGGACACAGGAUUCUACAGGUGCACCGCCAAAAACGUGAUAGGAGUGGACACAAAGACAACAUACCUGCAUGUUAUAUAACGAGGUGAAGAACAUUGUCGUGGACUGAUGAAGUAUUAACUCGAUGCCCAAAUCAACUGCAAAGCUCUGUUGAAAUACUGGUGAUGUUUUUAAAAAAAAGACUCCAAUAUUAUGUGAUGUGUGGAAUGGUAUUCAGUAUUUUGUAUCAGGUUACUUGCUUAAGAAUAUACAUCUACAAGUAGGGUAUUUACCAAAUGUGCCUUAUAUUUUUGAUAGGGCUAAAACACAUUUCAAAAUGGUGCUCAAGUUGCAGAUAUUUAUGAUUUUAUGACACUGUGUUUCUUUCUGGGCUGGUACAAAAUAACCAAGAUCUUUUUCAGCUCAAAAAUCAUGCAUCCAUCCAUCCAUCGCGGGGGCAGCAGCCUAAGCAGGGAAGCCCAGACUUUCCUCUCCCCAGCCACUUCGUCCAGCUCUUAACGGAGGAUCCCGAGGUGUUCCCAGGCCAGCCGGGAGACAUAGUCUACCCAGAGUGUCCUGGGUCUUUUCCGUGGCCUUCUACCGGUCGGACGUGCCCUAAACACCUCCCUAGGGAGGCGUUCUGGUGGCAUCCUGAGCAGAUGCCCAACCACCUCAUCUGGGUCCUCUAGAUGUGGAGGAGCAGUGAGCUCCCCAGAGUUUCUCACCCUUAGAGAUAUGGCUCUAAGGAAGCUCAUUUUGGCCGCUUGUACCCGUGAUCUUGACCUUUUGGUCAUAACCCAAAGCUCAUGACCAUAGGUGAGGAUGGGAGCGUAGAUCGACCGGUAAAUUGAGAGCUUUGCCCUCCGGCUCAGCUCCUUCUUCACCACAACUGAUUGAUACCUUGUCCGCAUUACGGAAGACGCGGCACCGAUUAGCCUGUCAAUCUCACGAUCCACUCUUCCCUCACUUGUGAACAAGACUCCUAGGUACUUGAACUCCUCCACUUGGGGAAAGAUCUCCUUCCCAACCUGGAGACUAGUGGUGCUAUUAAAUAUUUGUUUACCUGCAAGCUACAUUGUUGCAUUCUACAAAACCCGAAACCAGUUCAGCCCUUCCCGUGGGAUCCCGAGGCGUUCCCAGGCCAGCCGGGAGACAUAGUCUACCCAGCGUGUCCUGGGUCUUCCCCGUGGCCUUCUACCGGUCGGACGUGCCCUAACACCUCCAUAGGGAGGCGUUCUGGUGGCAUCCUGACCAGAUGCCCAACCACCUCAUCUGGCUCCUCUAGAUGUGGAGGAGCAGCGGCUUUAGUUUGAGCUCUCCAGAGUUUCUCAACCUAUCUCUAAGAGAGAGCCCUUAGAGAUAGGGCUCUAAGGAAGCUCAUUUGGGCCGCUUGUACCCGUGAUCUUGACCUUUUGGUCAUAACCCAAAGCUCAUGACCAUAGGUGAGGAUGGGAGCGUAGAUCGACCAGUAAAUUGAGAGCUUUGCCCUCCGGCUCAGCUCCUUCUUCACCACAACUGAUUGAUACCUUGUCCGCAUUACGGAAGACGGCGCACCGAUCCGCCUGUCGAUCUCACCAUCCACUCUUCCCUCACUCGUGAACAAGACUCCUAGGUAAUUGAACUCCUCCACUUGGGGAAAGAUCUCCUCCCCAACCUGGAGACUAGUGGUGCUAUUAAAUAUUUGUUUACCUGCAAGCUACAUUGUUGCAUUCUACAAAACCCGAAACCAGUUCAGCCCCUCCCGUGGGAUCCCGAGGCGUUCCCAGGCCAGGCGGUAGAGUUAGAGGAGCAGCGGCUUUACUUUGAGCUCCCCCCGGAUGGCAGAGCUUCUCACCCUAUCUCUAAGGGAGAGACCUGGAAGCUCAUUUGGGCCGCUUGUACCCGUGAUCUUGUCCUUUCGGUCAUAACCCAAAGCUCAUGACCAUAGGUGAGGAUGGGAACGUAGAACGACCGGUAAAUUGAGAGCUUUCGCUUCCGGCUCAGAUCCUUCUUCACCACAACGGAUCGAUACAGCGUCCGCAUUACUGAAGACGCCACACCGAUCCGCCUGUGGAUCUCAAGUUCCACUCUUCCCUCACUCGUGAGCAAGAUUCCGAGGUACUUGAACUCCUCCACUUGGGGCAGGGUCUCCUCCCCAACCCGGAGAUGGCACUCCACCCUUUUCCGGGCGAGAACCAUGGACUCGUACUCGGAGGCGCUGAUUCUCAUCCCAGUCGCUUCACACUCGGUUGCGAACCCAUCCAGUAGAGAAUCGUGCACUCGAGGACUUUUUGCAUUUUGCACAAUUUUCUAACUCAGUAACUGCCAAAUUUGACCGAGCAGAAGCUUAAACGAAAUGCUCAACUUGGUCUUUUUGUUUGUUUUUAAGUUUAGAUUUGGGUAACAUUUUUUACAUUCUGGUGAAGUUGUUCGACUGGUUUUGAAAAAUAUUUUUUACCUGCACCUUCGCAGAAUCAUCAAGGUCAAGAGAAAUACAACUUCAAGACAUUUAAAUAUGGACCGGUUCUGGAUCGGUUCUCAGCCGAGUGUGAAGCGACUGGGAUGAGAAUCAGCCCAUCCAAGUCAGCCCAGCCGGUCAGGAUUGGACUUCGCCAAGGCUGGACAGAAUUUCUAGGCGCAGUCAAGGCGUUGAGAGGAUCCGGUUUAGUGGCUGCAGGAUUAGGUCUCUGCUUUUUGCAGAUAAUGUGGUCCUGAUGGCUUCAUCUGGCCAGGAUCUUCAGCUCUCACUGGAUUGGUUCACAGCCAAGUGUGGAGCGACUGGGAUCAGAAUCAGCACCUCCAAGUCUGAGUCCAUGGUUCUCGCUCGGAAAAGGGUGGAGUGCCAUCUCCGGGUUGGGGAGGAGAUCUUUCCCCAAGUGGAGGAGUUCAAGAACCUCGGAGUCUUGUUCACGAGUGAGGGAAGAGUGGAUUGUGAGAUCCACAGGCAACGUCUUCAGUAAUGCGGACGCUGUAUCGAUCCGUUGUUGUGAAGAAGGAGUUGAGCCGGAAGGCAAAGCUCUCAAUUUACUGGUUGAUCUACGUUCCCAUCCUCACCUAUGGUCAUGAGCUUUGGGUCAUGACCGUAAGGACAAAAUCAAGGGUACAAGCGGCCGAAAGGAGUUUCCUCUGCCAGGUGGCGGGUCUCUCCCUUAGAGAUAGGGUGAGGAGAUCAAAGUAAAGCCACUGCUCCUCCACAUGGAGAGGAGCCAGAUGAGGUGGUUCGGGUAUCUGGUCAGGAUGCCACCCGAACGCCUCCCUCGGGAGCUGUUUCGGACACGUCCAACCGGUAGGAGGCCACGGGGAAGACCCAGGACACGUUGGGAAGACUAUGUCUCCCGGCUGACCUAGGGUCGCCCCGAACGAAGUGGCUGGGGAGAGGGAAGUCUGGGCUUCCCUGCUUAGGCUGCUGCCCCCGCGAUCGGACCUCGGAUAAGCGGAAGAAGAUGAAUGGAUGGACGUUUAAAUAUGUUCAUAAGACAAAAGGCUUUCUUCUUUGAAUAAUUAGAAUUACUUCAAUGUUUUAUUCCAGGUUACAGACGGACGAAUCAUAUUUUUAUUACUUUCAUGUUAAGUUAUUGCUCUUGUUUCUUUAUGUUGAAACUGUCAAGAUACAUUUUAGUGCCAUUAUAUUUUUCAACACCCACAAUUUAAUAAUAAAAUGAGAAAUGGAUUUAA